AUGCCGACAAAAACGGACCGUUUGAAAUGUGAGAUAAAAACACUGCUAAAGAAACAAUCAGACAAUAAGAUUCACAUAUCCAAUCUAUCCAAAUUCUAUGCCGAGCAGUACGGCAAAAAUCUGUGUGUAGAAGAAUAUGGAGUCAGAAAUAUUAAUAGUUUGUUAAAUCUCUGCUCUGACGUUGUUAGCAUUACAUCAAAUAAAAAAACAAAUGAUACAUGGGUACUUUUAAAAGAGCCUGCUGUAAAACCUAACAGACAGUCGAAUGUACAUUUAGUGUCAUUUAAAUCACCCGAAAUAAGAGAUGCAGCAGUUGAAAGAAAGAUAUUUAAAUUUCGACUGAUUCAGUUGUUUUCGCGGUUUAGUCGUGAGUUAUCUCCAUAUUACAUCAAUAUUGAAUAUAAAAGAAUGUUUAAAGUUAAUUUGACCCCGGAGAAGUAUGGUUGGUGCGAUACAAAGACAUUACUGAAUGAACUAGAUGACGAUAUCUUUGAAAAGACCAGGGAUCAAGAGACUGAUGAAGUCAAAUUGGUGAAAUUGAAGAAGACGUAUCGUUUGAGUAGAAUUCAUGUUGCUAAUGAAAAAGACCUUGCCAACCUCAAAAAGGAACUGAUUGUGAUAUUCCAGCGUCAUCCCAAUGGCAUUAUAUGGAAUCAAAUCGGCAAAUUAUACUGUAAAGUUUUCCGGAAAACUCUGAACCCAAGAGCCUAUGGGGUUUCUCAUAAGGACGAUUUGAUUUUUACAUUUUUCGAGAUGUUUACACUAAGAGCACCGCGGCUUAACUGUCCAAUAAGUGAAUAUCAUGUUGAGUUGAAUUUGUCCUACAUAGAACAAGAAGACAUACAAAAAGAAUCAAUGAAGAACCAACUGAUCAGGUUGUUCUCGCUGUUCAGGUUUGGAUUGCCUCAACAUUACAUCGCUAUCGCUUACAAUAGAAUGUUCAAGACCAGUUUCACUCCAACGACAUUUCUGAGAGAACUAGAUGGAGGAAUCUUUGAAAAAUCUAGGGAACAUGACAGAUGUGAUGAGCACUGGGUGAAAUUGAAGGAGAUGUAUCAGUUGGGUAACAUUGAUGGUGUCCAUGAAAAACGUCUUGCCAUUCUUAAAGAAGAAUUAAUUGCACUAUUCCAGCGUCAUCCCCAUGCUAAAGCAAAUAGUAUGGAAUCUAUUAUGAGCAGAACUCAGGAAAACAAACAAAGCCACCUACUCAGAGCUACAGAAAGAGAGUCAUUGAAUUGUCAACUGAUUCAGCUGUUCUCGGUAUUCAAAUUUGGAUUGCCUCCACGUUAUAUUUGUACUGCAUACAGUAGAAUGUUCAAGACUGGUUUAAACCUGAAGAGGUAUGGCUUGGGCAACCAAGAGACAUUCGCAAAUAACCUAGAUGACACCAUCUUUGAACAAACUAGAUAUCGUAAAACCAGUAAAGUAAUUUGGGUGAAAUUGAAAGACACGUAUCGUUUGAGUAGAAUUCCUGGUGUAAAUGAUAAAGAUAUUGAAAACCUCAGAGAAGAACUGAUUAUACUAUUUCGGCGUCAUCCAAAAGGUAUUACAUGGAACAAAAUUGACAAGUUAUACACUAAGGUUUUUCAGAAUCAAGAAAAGGUGCUUGAGCUGCAAAGGAAUGCCACAACUGGUGUGAUUACACAGGAACAGCUCCUAUUUUGCAGACAGAGUAAUAAUGAAUUCGAUGUAUCCGGAGAGUUUGCCGUAACACGUUGUUGGACUAACAUUCAGAAAGGGUAUGCUAUGCAGCAUAAAAGACGGAGCAUUAAAGAUCAAUCUAGAACAACAGGACAAAGCUCGAAUACAGGCAAAGCCACUAAAUCAAGAACAAAUUGUGCUGAAAAGACACCUGACAAAUAUAAUGGAAUUACAUCAAAAAGAAAGAACAAAGAAGGAAAGAUGUCAAGAAAUAGGCAGAUUCGUGUUUGUCAAUCGAGUUUAAUUCAAUUUAAAAUCCGUAAAGCACAAAUACAGUUGAAAGGGUUUAAUGGUACAUCAUUGAUAUCAAAAUCAUCUGUUGAAACACAAA